AUGUGUAUAUGUAUAUAUACGAGAUGCCUGGUGACUCUGCUCAGACUGCGCUGAACUUCCUUCUUCAGAGCCAACCAUCAUUUCAGAGAACUACCUGCCACUAUGAUCCCUGGGGGCUUAACUGAGGCCAAGCCUGCUACUCCACAAAUCCAGCAUAUUGUUGAUGAGGUGAAGCCACAAUUUGAAGGCAGGGAAAACAGGACAUGUGGCAUGUUUAAAGCUGUAAUAUAUAAGACUCAGGUGGUUGCUGGGACAAACUACUUCAUUAAGGUCCAAGUUUCUGAUCUUGAAUAUGUCCACUUAAGGGUGUUUCAGAGCCUUCCUUAUGAGAACCAAGGCCCUAGCCUUGUCAGUUAUCAGACUGGCAAAACCAGAGAUGAUCCUCUGACCUACUUCUGA